GUCCCGCGACUAGUGACAAGACAGCGAAGAAGGAAACAUGGCUGCAAGGUUACUGCUGCGCUCAGCUGUCCGAGCCGCAUCGACCCGCCGGGCGGCCCCGGUGCCGGUUCUGACCCGCGGCAUGGCGGCCGGAGCGGUCACCGAGGUGGAAAGAAGGCUGCACGGCUCAUUGCACCGGCCCAGAGACGCUGACUGCUGGUGGGUCAGUUGUCUCUCUGCAGGUGAAGAAGACAACACGGCCGUGGUUUGGUUCUGGCUCCACCAGGGCGAGGCCCAGCGCUGCCCGUCCUGUGGGUCCCACUACAAACUGGUGGCCCACGAGCUCCCCCACUAACUCCCCUACUCCUCUCUUACUAGAGACACAUGUCUCCAUUUAAAUAGGUCUCCAUCGACAUAUGUAACAUAUGUUACUAGAGACAUAUGUUAUGUUACUAGAGACAUAUGUCUCCAUUGACCUAUGUCUCCAAUGACAUAUGUCUCCAGUAACAUAUGUCUCCAGUAACAUAUGUCUCCAGUAACAAAUGUCUCUAGCAACAUAUGUCUCCAGUAACAUAUGUCUCUAGCAACAAAUGUCUCUAGCAACAUAUGUCUCCAGCAACAUAUGUCUCCAGUAACAUAUGUCUCUAGCAACAUAUGUCUCCAGCAACAUAUGUCUCCAGUAACAUAUGUCUCCAGUACCAUAUGUCUCCAUUAACAUGGGUUACAUUUGUUAAUGGAGACAUUUCUCCAGUAACACAUGUCUCUAGUAACACAUGUCUUUAGUAACACAUGUCUUUAGUAACAUAUGUAAAUAUAGACAUUAGUCUCCAGAACGACUAAAGAAAGAUCAGACGUCUCCAGGAAGAUUCAUGGGGUUGAAGCCAGAAGGGUCCCAGCUAUGGCCGAGAGACAAUAAAAUAAUAAUUAAAAUAAUAAAUAUUUAAUAAUAAAUAUGUACCCAGGUAAACACACCUCGGGAGUGUUUUAACCCCAAACGACGACCCUUUUUCCAAAAACGUAACUGUCGUCCCCGUAGCUGAAUCUGGCCUCAACCCCCUUCGUUUGGUUCUUUCCACUUCCUGGAGCUGUGGGGUGCCGUCGUCUGAUUGGUCUCUCGAGCCGUUCUGUCUUGUACUUGAUCAACCUGCUGACCUCAUCAGGUCUCUGCGUUACAGGGGGCAGAGACACAGGGACCACAUGUGGUUUGGGACGCAACUGUUUCUUCA